AUGGCGCGUUGGAAGCUCAUGGGAACGGCUUUCGUCGUCCUGAGAGUACUAGAACUGUCCUGUCUCUAUUGGAGGGAAAAAAGCUGCUGGCUUUCAUGUUGGCUUGGUCGGGGCAUGGACUUCGGUGCACGAUUUGAGCUGUCGGCAAUGCCCUACUCCUCCCUCACCCGUUAUCGUAAAGAGCAGCGCAGACUAAUGGUAUGCGAUUUGAUAGCCUUAGAAAGCGAACAGUUCGUUUUCCAGUUCUUUCAUCAAUGCUCUCAAGUUCACGAUGGCGCUCACGACCAAAUCGCCCCUGAGUUUGGCCCUUGGAGCGGAAAAUCUGGCUUCUUUGCUGGCAACCAUAUAAACCCCAACACGGGUGGACGUUUCGACUCAUCGCAUAUGGCUGGCAAACUAUACUCUGGGCACUACCUGAAGCCUGCCAUUACCGAAGCAACGGAUAAAACUCUUGAAGUUGCGGCUCGCUAUGGCAUUGGUGGCCAUGCUGCUGCCCUUCGCUGGACUACAUGGCACAGUAUCCUUCGCAAAGAGUAUGGAGAUUCAAUCAUUAUUGGUUCCUCCAGCAACGCCCAGUUGGAAUCGAAUAUUGACACGAUUGAGGCCGGUCCGCUGCCGGAGGAUGUUGUAGCUGCCUUAGGGGCGCUUUAUCAUGAGAUUGGUGAUGAGGUGCAUUACCAUCUAUAG